AUGGUGAUUUCGUGGCUGAUGAAUUCAGUUUCCAAACUGAUUGCAAGUAGCAUCAUGUACGCUGAUACAACGCACAAGAUUUGGACAACUCUCAAGAAUCAUUUUCAAGAAAGCAAUGGACCACGAAUUUUUCAAAUUCGAAGAGAUCUCGUGAAUUUGAGACAGAGUCAAGAAGCUGUGAACAUUUAUUUCACCAAAUUACAGGCUCUAUGGGAAGAAUUAGCCUAUUUUAGACCUCACUGCAGAUGUGGAAAGUGUGACUGCGGUGGAAACAAUGAGAUCGAGAAACAUUAUGAAGAAGAGCAUGUUUUGACUUUUCUCAUGGGGAUCAAUGAAUCAUAUUCUCAAAUACGUAGUCAGAUUUUACUAAUGGAGCCCUUGCCUCAAGUUGAUAAGGUGUUUUCUCUAGUUGCUCAGGAAGAACGCCAAAGAAACGUUGGACAGUUGCAAUAA